AUGAUGGAAGCUCACCAGACAUUCUGGGGGCAACUCAUCAAAUAUAUUGAGACUUACGGACUGGCGAUGGUCGUCCUUACAAUUACCAGUGGUCUACUGAUUGGCUACUUUUCCCAUUACUUUGUGAAUGUGCGACCUCAAAAACAAAGGCUAGCUCGUGAGAAAAAGCAGAAAGAACAGGAAGAAGAAGAGGAACUGGAAGAGAUCAAGGAAGCCAUGAAUAUGCAACCGUUACCAUGUGAGCAGAAACAAGUCGGCGUUGUGAAAGGGAUGAUCAACAAUGAACUGAUAGCUUCACUUCGGAAAGUCCCUCCGGAUAAUGUGAGAAACAAGUCUGCAGAUCCUGUCCCUGCAUUCCAUGGAAAGCCUACUGUUGCAAAGCCGUCGAGUAGUGAAACUUCAAGUGAUGAGGAUGACAAAACAGUUGUUGCCCAAGUGAGUGGAAAGAGGAGAUCAGCAAGUCUUAAAGAGGAAGUUUCCUCGCUCUCAGACAAGGAUUUGAUCAACACUCUUGGAAAUUUGCAUGGAAAAUUGGCUACGGCACAGUUGAGGGCUCGGACAAGAAAAAUGCAAGAAGAUAUGACUAGGGAAGAGCGAGAUGAUGAAGCUCGUACGAAAGCUAAGCAACUCGAGUCGAUUAUGAGCCUCAUGAUGCAGAACCAGGAAAAAUUCGGCAUUACAAAUGAAGACGAAAUAAAAGAGCAAUUGAACAUGUAUAAUUUUUAA